CACGUGGGAGACCGGGCGAGGGAGCGCUUCUCCGGGCUGCUCCACUUCCUGGAGGCGACUGCGGGCUCGCCGAGAGCUGUAUUUAAUUGGCCAGUUGGAAGAUUAUCGCCAUGAGUUUUAUUGAAUAUGGUGAAACGAUUAAAGAAGGCGACACAGCCAUCGUCUUCCUGGGCCACGAGUCAAUGUUCCCAGUGAAAGUGCAACAUGGUGGUAAAACUCAGACCAAAUACGGUGUGAUCAGACACUCCAGCGACCUGAUCGGCAAGCGGUAUGGCUCCAAGGUGACCUGUAGCAAAGGAGGCUGGGUGUAUAUUCUUCACCCAACCCCAGAACUGUGGACUCUGAAUCUCCCCCACCGAACUCAAAUUCUGUAUUCAACCGACAUCUCUUUAAUCACCAUGAUGCUGGAGCUGAAACCGGGAUCUGUGGUGUGUGAGUCAGGCACCGGAAGUGGUUCCCUCUCUCAUGCUAUGAUCCGGACCAUCUCUCCAACGGGACAUCUGUACACAGUGGAGUUUCAUCAGCAGAGAGCAGAGAAAGCCAUCGAGGAGUUUCGAGAGCACCGGGUGGACCACUUGGUGACUGUGAAGAACCAAGAUGUCUGCAAAAUGGGGUUUGGAGUCUCUGGUAUUGCCGACGCAGUGUUUCUGGACAUUCCGUCGCCAUGGGAAGCGAUCGGGCAUGCCAAAUCGGCUCUAAAACAUGAAGGUGGACGCAUCUGUUCCUUUUCCCCUUGCAUCGAGCAAGUUCAAAGGACCUGCCUGGCUCUGGAAGAACAUGACUUUACUGAAAUUAAUACUUUGGAGAUCCUGCUCAGAGUGUACAGCGUCAGGACAAUUAGCUUGCAAAUCCCUGACCUUGGUCAGGCAGCCGGGGAUGAUGCCAGCGCAGACUGGGACGGAGGCGACCGGUCGAACCCAGAUGCCUCUCGCGCUAAUCUCCAGCAGGGAACCGUGCCGUUUAAAAGCGCUGUCCCUCCCCGUGAAAUGGUGGCUCACACGGGAUAUUUAACCUUUGCUACCAAAAGCCUAUUUUAGUUACAGACGUAAAAAAACCCGGGCCUCCGCAUCCCUCCCUCCCUUCUCCACACCCGCCCCCCCCCCUUCCAUCCAGCAUCCAGUCUUUCUCAGUCGGCAGGCAAUUCCAUAUAUAGUCAGACUGAGUAAAGAUUAUGCUUUGUUUAAAUAGCACACACGGGAGCACUAACCAGAUCGGCCUUGGCAAGAGACUUUGGAGCUGGCUGCGAGCGAGGAAGAUGGAUUACCAGCUAAUAGCAGUGGGGUGGGAUUUAAGAUGUAGAGGCCACUGGGCGAGGUGGUC